AUGUCCAACGCCAAGCCAAUCAGCUAUUCUGCAGCCGUUGGUAGGACGGUCGAAUCGUUGAGUAAAAACAGAAACCAAGAACCUCAUGAGCAACAGAAUAGCCGGCCAGACAGCUCUCAGCAAUAUGUCACAAGCAAAAGGCGCUCUCCUUCUCCAUCACAUCGACCUCGAACUCAAGCAGACGAAGAAGCAGUCUACGUUCUCACUCUUUUGACCGACAAACGACUGCAUGAACGCAUGACAGCAAUACGAAACCAAUACUUUCCGAAAAGGAUCAACAAGUUAGCCGCUCAUUUAACACUAUUCCAUGCCCUGCCAGAGAGUAGGCUUGAGAGCAACAUCAUCCCUCUUCUCAAAGAAGUUACUGCCAAGACAUCGCCCUUUGCGAUCAAGGCAGAUAAACCAUUUCGAUUGAAGAAGGGCUUUGCUGUAUCUGUCUCCAGCAGAAUAGGGGGCACGCAAGCCAAGCAGAUUCACCAGGUUCUCCAGGACGAAUGGCAACGAGAAGACUUCCUCAGCGAGCAGGACGCUGGCGGAUGUCGAUUGCACUACACUUUGAUGAACAAAGUUGACGAAGAAGUCGAAAUUAGCAAGGCCUACGAUGACUUACUAGAUCACUGGCGACCAGAGAGUGGGAAUGCAGAGGGUUUGGCGGUAUGGAAGUAUGAUCGGGGGUUCUGGAGAUGGUACAAAAGUUUCAAUUUUGGCGGAGAAUGA